CUUCAACUUGCUGUGGAUACUUGAAUGAGAAGAUGAAUUCCCUCCAAGCUUAUGGAUCAGACUCAGAAGUGGAAGAUGAGUCGAAUAUAGCUUCUUCUAGCAGGACCACAUCCACAAAUCAACAGCAAGCCUCCACUACUUCGAAACGGCCUCGUAAAGAUGAUGGAGAGGAUACCAGUGACGAAGAGGAAAACGAGAAAGUAGACAGGGAUGAUCUCUUCGGAAUAAAGUCUAUUGGUGCAAAUUCAGCAUCUAAUCAUGACCAAGUAGCAGCAGAAAAAGCACUUCUUCGAACAGCACCCCAAGUACCUACAGAUCCGGAACAAGAAUCAAAUUCACUCAUCCUUCGGCACACAGAUACGGAGAUGCAUGUAAAUGUGCCAUACAAGGAUAUGAUAAGACAGAUGCAAGGCCCAGAAAAUCCUUUCUCACAAAGAAAGAUGAACGCUCAGCAGAAUACACUGAAUGGCCACAUCGAAACGGCUAUGAUGACAGAUUUCGAUUUCCGAAAUCAACAAAGGACCUUUGAGACUAUGGGCUACGCACGGAAUCCCAACCAGUAUUCAGAUUCAGCAUAUGUAGGAGAUCAGCAGAGGGCGUUGGACUUGGCUGGGUCAUCGGCGGUUGAACUACGGAAUGGCCCUAAUGGAUCACGUCAACUGACGAAGGAAAUUAGAAAGAAACGAAAGGGCGUAAACGGAGAUAGCAGCGUUGUAGAAGGAGAGGGUGCUUAUGUAGGACCUUGGGGUGGAUGGGAAGAAGAAAGUGUAGAAAAGGUGGGACCGAGCGAAGAAGAAAUCAAACGAGUGGAAGCAUUGGAUGUUACCCGGAAACGUGAAGAAGCGGAAGCAUUGCGUAAAAGACAAGACGAAGAAGCAAGGGGAACGGAAAAGAGUAUAUUUCAUGGCAAGAGCAUGUAUGACUAUCAAGGACGUACGUAUAUGCAUGUGCCUACAGAUGUCGAUACAAAUCUACACGGCGAAGCUGGUGAAAAUGAAAGUUUCCUACCCAAAGCUUGCAUUCACACUUUUACGGGACAUACAAAAGCAAUCAGUGCAAUGCGGCUAUUUCCACGCAGCGGUCAUCUUCUUUUGAGCAGUAGCAUGGAUACAAAGAUAAAGCUUUGGGAUGUAUACCACGAAGGAAAUUGUUUGCGAACGUAUAUGGGUCAUUCGAAAGCAGUAAAGGAUGUCACCUUUUCAAACGAUGGUCGCCGAUUCUUGUCUGCUGGAUAUGAUCGCCAGAUUAAGCUGUGGGACACAGAGACGGGAGAAUGCUUACAAGCCUUCAGUCCAGGAAAGAUGCCAAACGUGAUCAAAUUUCAUCCUGAUGAUGACAAGCAACAUAUCUUCUUGGCCGGAAUGAGUGAUAAGAAGAUCAUUCAAUACGAUAUAAAUUCUGGCGAAUUGACGCAGGAAUACGAUUCACAUCUUGGACCUGUCAAUACAAUCACAUUCGUGGAUGAAAACAGAAGAUUUGUCACCACUUCUGACGACAAAAGUAUGCGUGCUUGGGAUUUCGAUAUUCCGGUGGUGAUCAAGUAUAUUUCUGACCCACUUAUGCAUUCUAUGCCUGCCGUUACCGUUCAUCCAAAUCGCAAAUGGAUCGCAUGUCAAUCGCUUGAUAGUCAAAUUGUUGUUUAUGCUUCUGAAUCAUUCCGUCAAAAUAGGAAAAAGGCGUUCAAAGGUCAUAAUGUAUCCGGCUAUGCUUGUCAAGUUGGCUUCUCACCUGAUGGCAGAUAUAUCUCUUCAGGUGACGGUUCGGGAAAUCUAGUCAUAUGGGACUGGAAAAGCGGAAGGUUACUCAAGAGAUUACGUGCACACAAAGAAGUCGUGAUCGGUCACGAAUGGCUGCCGCACGAGACUUCGAAAUUGAUUACCGCCAGCUGGGACGGUACCAUGAAAUUAUGGGAUUAAGUAUGAUUGUACACUAUCAACUCCAAUGUACUAUAGGAUCUAUCUGCUGAGAAAUGCAACAAAUAUUGCAUGACCUUUGACCUACGCCUCUAAAUCCUCUUUCGACGUUUGAAGAACAGUCUUCAUGCGCCGUAGCUGACCUUCCAACUCCAAUACAGACCCUACUAGAUCUUCUAAGUCUUCAAGUGGCAUCGGUUGCGAGUCGCUGCUCGGAAAGGCC